AUGACAAAUACGCCUUCGUCUCGACUGUCCUUGCUGGAGCCUAAUCCGGGUGUCAGUCGCAUCAGGCCCUACGUUCAGGGCAAAAGCGCCAUCAACGGUGUAGCCGAUCCGGUCAAAUUAUCGUCAAACGAGUCAUCUCACGGCCCAAGUCCCAAGGCUGUGGCGGCGUUCGAAGACACUGCCAGUAUUCUGAAUCGGUAUGCAGAUGGCAGUCAAAGUAAGCUUCGCACUGCCAUUGCACAGGUCCACGAUCUGGACCCUGAUCGUGUUGUGUGCGGCAAUGGCUCUGAUGAGAUCAUCCAAUUGAUGGUCAGAGCCUACGUCAGAGAAGGCGACGAGGCACUGCUCAGCGAAAAUGGCUUUGUGAUGGCCAAUAUUCACUGUAUGGCACAGGGCGCUGAUCUGGUUUUCGCAGCAGAGUCGAACUAUCGGGUGAGCGUGGACAAUAUGCUGGAGGCAGUGACUCCUAAGACCCGUUUUUGCACCAUCGCCAACCCUAACAAUCCGACUGGCACUUACCUGAGUGGUGCAGAUUUGAGAAGACUGCGUGAGGGUUUACCGGAGCGCUGCCUGCUGUUAAUCGACAAUGCUUAUGCCGAGUACGUUGAGGCCGAGGAUUUUGAAGACGGCACAGCGCUGGUGAACGACUACAGCAACGUUGUAAUGAGUCGAACGUUUUCAAAAAUAUACGGGUUGCCGGCAUUACGCAUUGGCUGGGCCUAUUGUGCGUCUAGCGUAAUCGACCACGUGAACCGUAUCCGUACGCCCUUCAACACCAACGGGCCUGCGAUGUCGGCUGCCACCGCCGCAGUUCUGGAUCAGCAGCACGUGGCGACGAUUAAAGCGCAUAACCUAAAGGCCCUGAGCGAAAUUGCUGCUGAAUUGACCGCCACCGGCAUUGAGGUAAUUCCCAGCGUUGCCAACUUUUACCUUCUUCGUUUCCCCAGCGAAACGAGAAAAAACGGCACCGGCGCCGACCAGUUUCUACAGGCUCGUGGCAUUAUCCCCAGGCCAGCGGGCGGGUCGGAUGAAUUCCUUCGAAUUACCGUGGGACUAGACGAGGAAAACGCGGCGGUGAUCUCAGCCCUGAAAGCCUAUAUGGCCUCAUGA